AUGGGCAAAGGCUUUACGUUGCUCAGUCAAAAAGUGUCCAUCAAUGUCGCGCUGAACGGCAAGAUCCAUGUGAGUGCUCUGUACCUGACUGGGGGGUCCCCCCUCUCCCGACGAGCGGCCGAGCUCGAGUCAGCAGGACUGAUGCCCCCCCUCUUCUUCAUUCGGUACACACCCUCCCCUUCUCAACAGGGCAAUACUGAACUCACGAUCGCCCCUACGACCGCGGAUCUGCGUACGGUAUGGCUCCACGCUCGGUCAAUGAACGUGCUCGCGACGGCGCUGCGUCUCCCGACCACGACCGUCCCUCUCGCCUUCUCCUACAUCCCCCCUCUCGCCCCGACGCUGACCGAACCUCACAACGUCCACACCUACCCCGAACUGAAACGAGCCGUAUGGCGAUCGACGAACGAGGGCGAGGAAGGGGAGGUCGGUAUUGCGAUCCCUCAGGGUUCGGUCGUCAAGCUUCAUCCUGCGAGUCAUCAUGACGAAGCGAAUCAGGCCAAGAAGCAGGACGAGUGGGAACCGGUCGUAUUGGUCAUUGAAUACGAGGUCGUGUCCCCUGGGGCGGGGAUCGUGGUCGUCGCUCCGGAUGAGACGAAUCCCUCGGUGAGCAGGGACGAGGGUCUCGCUGGUCGAGCUCAACCAGCUAACGGUGGUGCUGUCCGCCUUCUUCGCCAGCGCUUCCCCCACGUCUUUACGUCGACGCUUUCCGAAAUUUCGGCACGGCAUUGGAUCCCUUGUUCGGACCACGCCAAGGAUCGAUGCACCUGGGAUCUCGAAUUCAUCGUCCCGCGCGUGCUCUACUCGGCUUCGGCUUCGACGCUCUCCCGACCGACCGACGUCGCCGGCCAGGACGGGCCAGAAUCGUUCGACCUCGACGAUGAGGAAGAAGUCGAAUGGCCCGUCUCGGUCGUCGCUUCGGGUGAACUGGUCGAACAGGUCGUUCAUCCCGAACGAAGUGAUCGCGUCAUUUGGCACUAUGCCCAAGUCACACCCGUCAGCGUGCAGCAGAUCGCCUGGGCCGUCGGACCCUUCGUCGUCACCGAAAUUGCUCCGACGCCCAAGGAGCAUGUCGCGAAUGCCGCUGCGGCAGAAGGGGAAGAUGAUGAGGGUGCAGAAGAAGAGGAGGACCCUCUGGCCUCGCAUGAUGGGGCCAAGCUGCAUGCGCUGUGUUUGCCCGGUCGGGAGGCCGAGAUGGCGAACUGUGUCGGAAUCGUCCGGCGCGCGAUGGACUUUUACACGUCCAAGUUUGGGUCUUAUCCUUUCACCGACUACACCGUCGCGUUCGUCGAUGCGCUGAGUUCGGGUUCGCCGACGUUCCACUCGGCCGGGUUGACGAUCCUCAGUUCCGACAUGCUGCACCCGGCGAGCAUCAUCGAUCAGGCGUUCGAAACGCGGCACACGUUGGCGCAUGCUCUCGCCGUCCAAUGGUCGGGGAUCAACUUGAUCGCUCGGACCGCGUCGGACGUCUGGCUCGUCAUCGGGAUCGCGCAACACAUCACGUCCCUGUUCCUGCGCGAGGUAUGGGGCAACAACGAGUAUCGGUUUCGGUUGAAAAAGGACAUGAUCCGCUGCGUCGCACAGGACGUCCAACGGGAGCCACUCUCGGUCCCCGCCCGCUUGGCGCAACCCGAACCGGCUCAGUUGCAGUUCAUCGCGCUCAAAGCCCCGCUCGUGCUGUACAUCUUUGACAAGUUCUUGCGCAACGCCGGCACGUCGCUCGGCUUGGACAAGGUCUUGCCCAAGAUCUUUCUGGAUGCCAUCACGGGCGAUACGAGCACGACCUCGACGGGCAACUACAAUGCCCUGUCGACGACGACCUUCCAACGCAUGUGUCGGAAAGCAUGCGGCGGUUCAGCUGAUGCGAUCCGAAACUUUUUCGAUCAAUGGGUCUAUGCUUCGGGGUGUCCAACGUUCGUCGUUUCGGCCGUGUUCAAUCGUAAACGCAUGGCGAUCGAAUUGAGCAUCAAGCAAGAGUGUCUGGCGCACCUCUGGGCCCAGUCCGCGCCCUGGGAAGAGACGGGCCAUCUUCGACCUGUCGCUUGUUUCGAAGGGCAGAUGACGAUCCGGAUCCACGAAGCCGAUGGGACACCUUAUGAGCAUGUGCUUUCGAUCAGCGAAUCGUUCAAGAGGCACGAGGUGCCGUUCAAUACAAAGUACAAGCGUAUUCGACGUAAUACGAAGCGGUACCAGGCUCGGCAGGCAGCUGCGCAAGCCGCUGCUGCGGGCGAUCUCGAAGCGGCUGAGGACGUGGCUUUGAUCGAUGUGGGGUUCGGCUCAACGUUGUGGGAGGAAGAGGUGGAACGAGAGAGGUGGCAAGUUGCUGAUUGGACGGAAGAGGACGACGUCUUGAUGAGUCAGGCGACGUACGAAUGGAUCCGCAUCGACGCCGAGAUGGACUGGAUCGCGCGCAUCCAGUUUGAACAACCCGACUUCAUGUGGAUCUCGCAACUCCAACGUGAUCGGGACGUCGUUGCUCAACUUGAGGCGAUCCAUGCACUGUCCCAUAUGUGCGCCUCCGUCCAUCGGAAUCCGGAGAAACCGGCAAUUCACGAUACGGUCGUUUCAAGCAACUUGUGCAAGACCGUCCUCGUGGGGAAUUACUUUAUUCGCAUCCGGAUGGAGGCGGCGCUGGCGUUGGUCUCGUGUGCGACGAACCGGGCCGACUACUUGGGUCUGUUUCACCUGUUCAAGUUGUUCCAAUCGUGGUUUUGCUUUGAGCCUGCGGCAGAGACGAAGGAUCCGUUCGCGUUUCGUUGUAUCCCCAAGACGAACGAUUUUUCAGACAUGUCCCUCUACUUCCUCAAGAAGGCGCUGAUUCAGGCCAUCUCGAUGGCCAGGGACGAACAGGGGCAAACACCCGCAGUGGUGCAUCAGUUCCUUAUUGAUCUGUUGGCCUACAACGAUAACCUCGGUAAUCGGCUCUCGGACGCCUUCUACAUCGUUUCCAUCAUCAACGCAUUGGGGUACUCGUUCGCCGGAACACCCCCCAAACGCGACCUAGGGAUAUUUGGUGCCGACGAAGGCACGUUCGGUGACGAAGCGUCGAGUCUCGAGGCGCUCGAACCGGCACUGGCAGCGGUCGAGCGGUACCUCAGUACGGACCGGUUGGUCCCCUCGUUCCAGAAUGCGAUCACGGUCGCGGGUAUCGAGUUCAAGUUGAGGUUGAUGAUGGCGUCGCUGUUGCCCGAGGAUCGCAUGUCGUUCUUCAUUUAUACACGGUGCGUGCUUGGGUUCUUUGCUUCAGGACCGGAGGUGCUGUUGUUUUAACGGUGUGGUCUCGUUUGUUGCAGAGAUGGAAACUACCCGCCGGUCCGCAUCGCGGCUUUCGAGGCAUUGCUCUUGCUCAACCCUUUCCAAGACAUGCAAGAAUCGAUCCCGCUCGUGCAAUACCUCUUUGCCGUCUUGCGCGACGACUCGUCCCGCCUCGUUCAGCGACGUCUCGCCCAAGCCCUCGUCGAGAUCCUCCCCUUUCUCGCCGUCACCAAAGAUCUCGGUGCUGCGCCCGAGACGGGAUUGGAAGAGUUCGGCGCGGGUUCGACGAAGAAGGGCGACUCGAUCCAAAGCAUGCUCAAAGCUCUACGCAAGAAACCCGGUCGUUCGAACAACUUCCGUCAAUGUUUGUUGCAGACGUUGACGCAUCCCGAUAUCGAUCCCGAAGUGAGGGAUUGUAUGCUCAAGCUCGCCGAAGUGACGAUCCGACCCGAGGGGGAACCGUUGCCCAAGAUCACGUUCAGGAUGCCCGUCGUUGCCGAGUCACCUGUGGCGACGCCUGUAUCGGCCUCGACGCCUCGACUCAAGCUUACGAACACGCAGGCUGCUUCGUUGCCCAGGAUCAAGUUGGGCGGCUCGACGGCCGCAACGCCCGCGGCCGAGAACCCGGCUCCUUUGGAGGCCCCCGUCCCCGUUCCGGCGCCGGUCAAGCCGAAAAAGACCAAAGUCAAGGCACCGCCCAAGCUCGAGCAUGCUCAGGCCUCCGGAAUGUCGCACAGCGAUCUGACGGCGUGCAAGAGCAUGAUCAAGAAGUUGCUCAAGGACAAGCACGUCACUUUGUUCCAACACCCGGUAGAUCCCGUCAAAUCUGGUGCUCCGGGGUAUUGGGAUAUCGUUCAUCAUCCCAUGGACGUAUCGACCCUCAGUGCCAAGCUCAACAAUGGGGAUUAUGCCGAUCGGUACGCGUUCCGAGCGGAUUUCAAACUCAUCAUCUCGAAUGCGAUCUUGUAUAACGUCCAGGGUGUCGUCGUCGAUUUGGCGAGGAAGCUCGAUGCGUUCUUCGAUAAGCAGUGGGAUCGGAUCGAGGCGACGCUCAAGAUGAUGGAAGCGCCGACCCCGGCGGUCCCUGCGGCUCAAGUGGCCGAACCCGUUGCUUCGGCAUCGACGACGACGACCACUUCGAAGAAAAAGACGUCGGAGAUGAAGCCGCCCGUGUUGAAAUUGGCGACGAAUCCGCUGCCUCCGCCACCACCACCACCUGCCGAACUGCCGGCGGACGAAUUUGCACCUACACCUUCUGUUCCUUUAUCAACGGGCUUGUCGUUCAAGAUCAAGCCUCGGGCUCCUGCCCCGACUGCCGUGGCUACCCCUCCUGUGCGAGCGCCUCCUCCACCACCUGCGCCGGCUGCGCAGAAGCAAAAUGGUGGAGCGGCUUCACCUGCCCCACCGACCCCUUCGCUCGGGUUCAAGAUCAAGUUUGGUGGAGCUGCUGCAGCCCCGACGACACCGAACGGGGCCGCUGGACCUCUCACGGCCGCACCUGGUGGACCGACAGUUUCACCCGUGACUACUCCCAAACCACCUAAGGCUCCUAAGCCGCUCAAGGCACCGAAGAUGUCACGCACGGCAACGGACGACGCGACCUAUGGAGCGGGAGGGUCGACUUCGAAGCAGUCUUCACGAAGUGUAGGGAGUAAUGGGGAUGCCGCCGCAGGUGUGGAGGACGUUCCCCGCCCUAUCAAGGAGAAGAAGAAGCGCAAAGAAGUCAACUACGCCGAUCCGCCCGACGACGUCGUCGAACCUCCCUCCGCACGAGGUCCCGCAGCAGUGACCGAAGCCUAUCCAUCCGCCCCUCUUCGACCUCCCGUCUUGGAUGAACCCAAAUUGCCGCGUCCUUCGACUUGGAUCAAUCCCAAUGAUCGGGUCGAUCCGAAGAAGGUUAGGCAGGUGAUGGCGAAGAUCAAGGGUAUGAGGGAGGCGUUUUGGUUCCUCAAGCCGGUGGAUCCGGUCGCUUUGCCUGUGUAAGUCAACGUAAAGUGGGAGAGGGGGGGGGAGCAAGCUGCGAGUGCUCAUGUAGUUUGACUCUCUCGUGGACAGUUACUAUCAAGAGAUCAGCGAGCCGAUGGAUCUGCAGACGAUGGAGGCCAAACUCGACCACGGCAGCUACGCGACGUACGCCGACGUGUUCGCCGACUUUGACCGCAUCGUCGCAAACUGCCAACAAUUCAACCCACCCAACACGGAACCCGUGUGGCACGUCCUGAUGAUCCAACGCGCGUGGAGCGCCGAAUGGGAGAAGGCGAGUCGCAUGUCGUACCACGAACGAAGGUCGAUCCUCGCGUUGUUGAACAAGAUCCUCAAGGAGGGGGCUUCGUGGCCCUUCCGCGAAUCAGUGGAUACCAUCAUCGAUCAAAUCCCGACCUACUACACCAUCAUCACACCUGGUACUCAACGUGAUCUAGGCACGAUCAAGGCCAACGUCGAAAAGGAUCGUUACGCCUCGAUCGACGAGGUCGACGCGGACGUCGAGUUGAUGCUGUACAAUUGCUUCAAGUUCAAUGCCAGUCCCGAGCAUCAGGUGCACCAGAGUGGGUUGGAAUUGCAAAAGAUGUGGAGAGGAGGGUUGGCCAAGGCCAAGGCGGAAAUGAAUAAAAAGAGGACGGGGGACAAGGGUUCGGCGGGGGGUCCAACGAAGAAACAGAAGAUUUGA